UCUUCAGUUUACAGACGGCCAGUACCGGUGUGUGAAUUUAAACCAAAAAGUGUUAGUUACCAAGUGAAAAUGUUUAACAAUUUUAUAAACUACGCUGGGGUCAUCAGUUUGUUACAAGCUGUUGUGCAGAUAAUUUUCAACAGCAUGUCGAUCGCACAGUACUUCUGUGCAAUCGAUUUCCUGAGCAAUAAUGGACCAUCAGUGUUACUAAAGAUACUUUACUAUAUAAAUCCUGACUCUUGUGGAAGUUCUGUAAACAUUGGAAAUUUGAUUGAGGGUAUUCCGAAUCUAGCAUUUGUACUGUUCCGGAAUGAGCCAGUUACGUCGACGCGCACCUAUAUCAUCAGCAUAAUCAGCUUGGUUCUGGGCGUUAUAUGGGCUAUGACCUGUUGCCUGAUGCUAGCUGGUAGGACUCGCAACCUGUAUCCAAGGGCAUUACGUUGGCCUUGGAUUACGGUAACAGUGUGCGUUUGCGCUGUCGACGUCAUAGCUUCGGUAACUUAUGCAAAUGAUAGUUUUCAUACAAAGUCACUGGGGGAUAUGAUAGUGUACAUCGGGGCAACUGCGAGCGGCAUCGGCGGGGCGACUGUAAGCACAUCCAGCACUGCGUGGGUUAUGUUCCUGGUGUACUCGCGAUGCGUGGUGAUGUUCGCCAUAAAUGUCGCUCUCAUGGUGCUAGUAGUAAUGGCCCCUAAUGAAAUUGAGAGCCUAAUGAAAGAGGUUGCCUCGCCGCGGCCUGAAACUUAUUUCAUUCCGGUACCGCCACCUUUGCCGCGUGUAACAAAUUCGAUGUACAGAAUACCAGACGAUGUUUCUAUCGGCUCAACUGUGUCGAAACAUAUACCAAGAGCAAGUUUGAGUCAAGCCUACCAGAGGAUGAAAAAGACACUGUUAGCUCCGAUAAGCGUGGAUAAGUCCAGACAGAAGCAUGAAAUCGCUAUGGAACUGGCCCAAUACAACUUAGAAACUAGGGCAGACCAUCAGCUGAAAAAGAGAUCUGAACACUUAGUAGAAGUUGAACUCCACCAUACAAAUCCUCGCGUUGAGCACAAAUCAGACAGUCCGCAAAACAACCCAGUCGAGCUGCAACCCUGGUCGUACACCACCACAGAACCGUUCCACAAGCGUGGUUUUCUACCGCAUCUGGAUAUAGCUGGAAAUCAUCCUUGUAAUAGAGUUCGUAGUAUGCUAUCCGUAGAUUAUGAAUGAAAGGAAGAAUUCAAUAAAUCAAUUAAUAGGAAUAGGUAGAUUAUUAAAAGUAUACAUUCUAAUAUUUAUGUCAAAUUCUUUCUGUAUCUUUGUGUGUUAGAUUUUCGUGGCCCAUACGUUUAACUGCGUUUAACCAAUUUUGAUGAAAUCCGACUGACGAAAUUUGGUACAGAGGUAGGUAGGCUCGCAUCCCGGGGAAGAACAUAGGAUG